GCAAAUAUAAGCGGGUGAGCGGGCCGAGCGUCGCUCAGUCGCCGAGAGGGGAGCUGACGUUCUGCUUCGUCCAGCUGAACGCGAGCAAUGGACAUGGAGAAGGUCAACUCCAUGGACUUUGGAGAAUUUGUGGAUGUGUUCGGGAAUGUCGUUGAGAGAUGCCCUCUGAUCGCGGCUGCUGUGUGGUCCCAGCGCCCGUUCUCCAACUCGGAAGAUUUAGAGAAGCACUUUUUUGCCUUUAUUGACGCCCUUCCACAGUCAGGCCAAGAGGGCAUCCUGCGCUGCCACCCGGACCUGGCGGGCCGCGAGCUGCAGCAGGGCACGCUCACUGCGGAGUCGCGGCGGGAGCAGAGGGGCGCGGGCCUGAUGAGCCUGGACGCGGCCGAGCGGCUCCGGCUGGCGGAGCUCAACGCUCAGUACCGCGCGCGCUUCGGCUUCCCCUUCGUGCUCGCCGCGCGUCUCAGCGACCGGGCGGCGGUGCCGGGGGAGCUGGCGCGCCGGCUGCAGCGCCCGCCCGCCGAGGAGCUGCGCACCGCCCUGGGCGAGGUGAAGAAGAUCGGCCGCCUGCGCCUCGCCGACCUCCUCGGCGCCGCCGGCCUCGCCGGACCGUAGCCCGGGACCCCGGGCGCACGUCGGGACCGGCCGCGGCGGGCGCGGGCCGGGAGCGGCGUCCACACGCGCACGGAGGGAGGGGAGCGGCGGAGCCAUCGGGCGAGUAAUGAGCCCCUUUGUCCGCCCACCCAGCCGCCCACCCGCGCACGCUUUGCCAAAAUAUCUGUAGGGGGUCGCGCUUCGCCCCGAUUUAGCCAGCUCACUGCUUCGAGUCUCCACUCCCUUUGCAGCCCUUUUGACGCCACCGGCCUUUGUGGAUUCCAAAGCGAUGGUCCGGCUCUUGUUGGCUCCCCAUCCUCUCCUGCUAAGCCCGAGCCGCAAGGCAAAAGCGGGCUGAAAAAGGGAUCUUUUAUUCCGCA